AUGGACAUGAAUUCGAAUCAUACUCCUGUUCUCACGGAUACUGCUCCGAUAACAAAUUCUAGGCUACACGUGCAUUCAAGUUUGUUGCCUUAUUCCCAUACCGGUGCAACGUUUUCACACGGUAUGCUGUUGAAUAUCCCAAGGAAGAAGACGGGAAUUCUCGAUGAUGUUCUUUCUUGCAAUUGGUUGGAUGCCAUGAAAUCAUCUUCACCUCCACCGAAGAAUAUAACAAAGGAUGUUAAUCACGGGCUUGCAUCAUCUGAAACCGAUCCUUAUUUUAACUGGCUGCUAAAAUAUCCUUCAGCGCUUUCAUCUUUUGAUCAAAUUACGAACUACGCAAAAGGCAAAAGAAUUGCAUUGUUUUUGGACUAUGAUGGAACUCUUUCACCAAUUGUUGAUAACCCUGACUGUGCUUUCAUGUCGGAGAAUAUGCGCGCUGCUGUUAAAAAGGUGGCUGAGUAUUUUCCAACCGCAAUAAUUAGUGGAAGAAGUCGUGACAAGGUGCAUGAAUUUGUAGGACUAACAGAACUCUAUUAUGCUGGUAGUCAUGGAAUGGACAUAAUCGGUCCUGUUAGACAAUCUCUAUCUGUAUCGCAUAAGCAGGGAAAAAAGGUUAAUUUAUUCCAACCUGCUGCUGAAUUCCUUCCUAUGAUUAACGAGGUACUGAAGUCUCUUAUUGAUUGUACAAAGGACAUCGUAGGAUCAAAAAUUGAGAACAAUAAAUUUUGUGUGUCAGUUCAUUACCGCAAUGUAGACGAGAAGAAUUGGGAUUUGGUGGGGAGACGAGUUAAUGAUGUUCUCAAGGGCUUUCCACGUUUGCGGUUAACUCACGGUCGCAAGGUUUUAGAGGUCCGGCCUGUGAUUAACUGGGAUAAGGGAAAAGCCGUCACGUUUUUACUCGAGUCACUUGGACUUAACAAUUGUGACGAUGUGCUUCCUAUAUAUAUUGGCGAUGAUCGAACGGAUGAAGAUGCAUUUAAGGUUUUGAGAGAGGGAAAUAAAGGUUAUGGGAUUUUAGUCUCUUCCGCACCAAAGGAAAGCAAUGCAAUUUACUCUCUUCGGGAUCCGUCUGAGGUGAUGGAAUUUCUGAAGUCGCUUGUGGUUUGGAAGUCAAGUCCCAUAAAAAGCCAUAUAUAG